AUGAAGACCUCACUGCUCCUUCCAUUUAUCGCUUUGGCCGUCCGGGUCCUGGCAGAUAUCCCUCCCGCAUGCCUUCUCAACGCAGUGAACACACAAGACGAGCCGGGCGACCUGUCAACCGUCUGCGGUGACGACGCGACCGACGUACAAAAGGCAAUCGCGAGCUUGUGCAGUGGCAACGUCGUUUCGGCUGCACAGUCUGCAUUCAUCUCUACUUGCUCUGCCGCGGGUUCUUCAGUCGCUCCCUACACAGCAACAUCUUCAAAUUCUGCAAGCCAAACAUCUGGAGCUGGAACAUUCGUCUACACCACCGCCGUCUACAACUCCGACUGCAGCUGCACCACGACGAUCGUCACCACAGCCACCACCGGCAGUCCUAUCUCGACUGGUCUUGCAACCGCCACAGAUGGAAGUGGUGCUUCCGGGUCCAAUUCAGCAGGCGGUGCAUCAGCGACCGGAAACGCCGCCGCGGAUGCCAAGCAAGUUGGAAGUUUUGCCGCCGCUGUUAUUGCCAUCGCCGGUGUUGUUGCAGUUUUGUAA